CCCAUAAAUUGGUCCGAUUCCCAGAACUCAAUUGACGUUGUUUGAUCUAGCGAAUUAUGUAAAUCGCAAAAUUAAUCAAGGAAGUGCGAAGUAAAUUAAUUCAUAAAUUCAAGUCUAAUUACAAGAAAUAAUUCUGGAAACCGUUAAAACAAUCGACCAAUCAGUCAGUUAAAAAACUAAAAUUUUCUUUUUGGGAAAAACGGUAUAAUAGACAAUAAGGAUGUCCAACUUAAAAACUUUUUUUUAUACUUGAGUUUUUAGCGCCGUGAUGUAAUACAACUUAGAGGUUCACGUUUCGGCUUCGAUAACGUAAGGCUUUACAUGAGAAGAGGAAUGAUAAUUUCAAGUAUUGAAGGAAAUGUACGUUCCGAAAAUGCCUCUGUAAAUUAUUAUUAUACAAAUUUAUUCAAGCAAGUGUGGGAACGGUUCUUUAGUUCAUAAAUAGGUACGUGUUACAUCAGUUGGAAUCUUGGUUUGAAUUCAUGAAACGUACACUUAUCGCGACAUGAUCGAUGAGGUCCCAGAAUUAUGGUGUAAUGAAGGGGUAUCAUUACUCAAAACUCAUGUAGAAAAAUUCAUAAUAGACAAUGUCGGUCACAGAAUUAUGGCAAUGUUGGGCAUGAGAUUUCUAUAAUCAACAACAUCGGACAUUCACAAACGCAUCCUCAUGGCGUUACUGCAAAAACUGCUGAACAAAAGUUUUUUUGAGAGUGUUCUCAACCAGUACUACAAGCAAAACGUUGCAAUUAACAAUGUCCACAUUACCAAUGAUGUAAGUCCAGCUGGUGAAAGUUUUUGUAGUACACUGAGCAGGAUUAAAGUCGAUUACUCAUUUGACGACGGGGGCGGACAGCGUACGCUUUGGAUGGUUUGCAAAAGUUGUCCUGAAGAUGAGUACCAAGCUGGGUUUGUGAGGGAGAUGAAAAUGUUCGACUGCGAACUUGAAAUGUAUGGCAACAUUAUACCGCUCUUGUCGAGAUUAGAUUAUCGCGAGAAGAUGUCGCCCAUCGCUUAUUGGUUUUGCUCCGCACCAUUACCGAUGGUGUUACUAGAAGACCUAUCAGCGGUGAAUUAUAAACUGACUGAAAGACGCAGAGGUUUGGAUUUAGAACACUGUCUCUCGGUGGUGGAGAAACUUGCUUAUUUCCACUCUGCUUCAGUUGCUCUACACGAAAAGGAUCCGAAUGUCUUACCACAAUUUACUAGAUCACUGUUUGAAGAAUCGAACACACCAACUAAAAUCUUCUCUAUUACUUACGAUGAGAUAGUGAAACAUUUGCAGAAUCGACCUGAUGUAAAGAAGCACAUUCAGAAAAUGAAACUAGCGAAAGAUAGGAUACUGACUGAGUUGUGCAACGUUCACAAGAGAGACUGUGACUUUAAAGUUCUUAAUCACGGCGAUUGUUGGAUAAAUAACAUUAUGUUCCGCUACAACAACCGUGGCGUUGUUAGUGACGUGGCAUUCGUUGACUACGCGUUAUCAUGCUUCUCGUCUCCGUGUAUAGAUUUGCAUUACUUUCUAACUUCAAGUGUUAAUUUAGAGAUCCCACCCAAAUAUAGCACCAUCAUUGAUCAUUAUUUUGAUAACCUGACGCGGCUGUUAAGAAAAUUCCGUACGAAGUCGAUGCCAACACGCGAACAAUUCGAUGCAGAUUUUCGUACCUUUAGCUCCUAUGGAUUUGGCACUGCGUUACUAGUCUUGCCAUUCAUCAAGUCAAACCAAACCGAAGGCGCUACAAUAGAGGCCUUCUUGGAAGACGAGAGUCCAACUGGAUAUCGAUAUCACGCUAUCAAUAAUGAACAAUAUGUAAAGGAAAUCUUGCAUUUUCUACCAUUUUAUGAUAGUUUGGGUAUUUUUGACCAGCCGGCGAAAUGAGUUACCAACGCGCUACUUGUGUUACAUUUUUGAAUAAAUAAAUCAUGCGAAAUGAAUUAAAUUGGUAUUUG